AAAAACGUAAUCGUUGCGUUGGUAAGUAUAUUCAUAAUCAAAUACUUCAAUUUUCAACCUUACUUGACAUACGUAUCCGUUAGCACGUCUUAUUUGGAAAAAUAAUAAAUGAUUAAGUACUUUAUCUAGAGUGGGGUGAUAAUUGAAAAAAAAAAUUCUUAAUCUAGAGCAUUAUUCUCAAUCGUAUAAUUCAGAACUUUAAGCACGACACUCGUCAAUAUAAUGUAUCGUUCGUUAUCUUUUCGGGUAUUCCCAUAUUAAUAUCAGUAGAAUAACCGUACCCAGUUCUCCUGUGUUAUCAUAUACUCUUAUUUACGAUAAAAAAUGUUUAAAAGUGUCGAAUGACACGUCGAAAACCCAAGUGUGUCAUAAACAGCUUUAUUUAAGAUUCGUGUGACAAAUUAUGAAAAUACAGGCAUAAGAGGACAAAAGUAUUACAAUUGCUAGGAUAAUUUUCAAGCAGAUAUCAAUUACGCGUUGGAAAAACAAGUAUGAUCGUGCGAUAUGUUGGGAAAAUGUUUAAUCAUCACAUAAAUCCCACGAUAGGAGCGUCUUUCUUCACGUGUAAGGUCAACCUGGAAGAAGCAAGAGUUAAACUUCAGGUGUGGGACACUGCUGGUCAAGAAAGAUUCAGAUCUAUGGCACCCAUGUAUUACAGAAGUGCUAAUGCAGCUUUAUUAGUCUUUGACUUAACUCAGUAUAAUACCUUCACUGCCAUCAAGACCUGGGUAAACGAACUCAGGAGAAACAUUGAGGGGCCUAUGGUACUCGUUUUAGUUGGUAACAAAAGUGAUCUCGAAAAUCAACGUAAGGUUGACCCGGAGGAAGGUAGAAAGUAUGCCGUCAAUAUUGGAGCGACUUAUUAUGAGACCUCAGCUCUUCAGAACGAAGGAAUCGAACAAGUUUUUCUGGCUAUCGCUAUUGGUCUUGCUAAAUUGAGCUCAGGAAGUCGUGACUUGAUGACUAGUCUUAGAGUUUAUGAUUCCGUCAGUUCCGGGCUGAGUAGUCCGGAUAUGCCGCUUAGUCCCUCUAGCGAGGAAAGUACGACAGAUAAGAGUAUAGCGUUUGCUAUUCAGGAAAGGCCACCAGCUUGUUGUUAAAUAAAGAUACAAAUUUGAAAAUUAGAUAAGUUUGCUUUGAUGCAGUUAUUGGUAAAAUAAUGAUUGAUGUUUGUUUUUUUUUACUAGGAAGUAAGGCGGAUCAUUAUUGUUCACUAGUUAGAGCAAAGGAAGAGAAUUUUUGUAACUCUUGCACCAAACUUUAUGUCUAAUCACUUUUGUGUAUCCAUGAAUAAUGUUAUAAACUUGGUGCAUUCCGCUGAUAUUCAUUCAAACGUUUAAUUAUGGAUUAUUAUAGAAUUAAUCCAAAUUAUCUUGUAAUAUAAUAUUAUUGAUGCAGUCAUAGGUGAUUAAAUUGUCAAUUAUUUGUUUGUAACUCAAAUUUCAUUAGUAUAUUGUGAUAUACUUUAUCAUCGUGACGCAAUACGGUUUUAUCAACUAGCGCUUGUUUGUUAAUACGUCAUAUUAAUAACUUUUAUUAAAAAAUUCAGUUAAUUAAAAAGUCGACAGUAAAGACUGUUAUAUUUUAAGUUUCCUAUUUCUAUAUUUAUUACUAACUAGCACACUGCCUGUACGAAGAGAAAGACAAAAUGGCUAAACUCGAUAAUCCGAAUGCGUUCACAUUCUAUUAAUUUGCUCGUUUAUAAACGGUUAUUUGGAUCACAUUUGUACAGACUUUUCUACCAAAUACAGUAUAUAUUUACCAUA